AUGGUCGCUAUUCACUCAGCCGUCGUGGCUUUGCUGCCCUUGAUACCAUCAGCUCUUGGCCAGACAUGCACUAAUAUUGCACCCGUCAAUGCUGCCACUUUUGCUCCUGGGUACGAGGGACGCGUGGUUGUUAAUGGGCUCAAGGGCCCUCGCGGUCUUAUCUUCGACAUUCAGGGCAACCUACUCACGUCCGAGCAGUCUGCCUACGGUGUCCGUUACAUCCAGCUCACCGAUAACGGCGGCACGAAUAUCUGCGUGAAGUCACAGAAGCAACUCAUCGCAGACAGUUCGCUCAACCACGGCAUUGCGCUUUCGGCUAAUGGGAAGAAGUUGUUUGCAUCAUCAAAAUCCACUGUAUACAGCUGGGACUAUGACGGCAGUACAGGAACUGUGAGUAAUAAGAAAACGGUCAUUACGGGGAUGAGCACUAGCGGACACGCGACUAGGACCCUCUUAGUGCCAAAAAGCCAGCCCAAUAUUCUUCUCGUACAAGUCGGCUCGAAUGGCAACCUCGACACGGGUGCUGCCCAACCUUCGAGCGGCAGAAGUCAAAUCCGGAUAUUCAAGCUAGCCGAUAUCGAUGCCGGUCCAAAGGCAUACACAACGGGCGAAAUUCUAGGGUACGGCAUUAGGAACAACGUAGGUAUCGCUGAGGACCCUCAUGGUGGAAUCUUCUCUGUCAACAACGGUAUGGACGACAUGACUGUCAGCGGAAAAGACGUCCACAACACGAACCCUUGCGAGGAGCUGAACUACCACGGAAGGAUCAACGACACCUCCUCUGCUGAGCGUGGGAAAUCCUACGGCUACCCCACCUGCCAUUCCAUCUUCGAUCCUUCAGUGCUUCCAUCUCCAUUCAACACUCAAUUCAAAGUCGGUGACACGAUCACCAACGGUGCCUCGAGUGCUGCAUGCACACGAGUCGCACCCAAGCUUUGCUUCCCCGCCCACACCGCUCCGCUAGACCUCAAAUUCAAUGCCGCGGGAAGCGCCGCCUACGUUACAUUCCACGGAAGCUGGAACAGGAAUCCGCCAGAUGGUUACAGGUUGAGCAGAGUAGCGUGGAAUCCUCAGACUGGUCAGCCGGUUGCCAAUGUGACGAGUGGCGCGGGUGCAGCAGAAAACAUCAUGGUGAAUGCAAACAACAAUGCAGGGUGUCCGAAUAGGUGCUUUAGGCCGGCAGGAUUGGCUUGGAGUCCGAGUGGGAAGUUGUUUCUCAGUAGUGAUACGACGAAUGAGAUCUGGGUCAUUGGUGGAGCGAAUUGA